AUGUCCACCAAAACAAUUACCAGCCCUCCAAGGGUUACGAUAACAAAAAGAUCUUAUAAAAUAAAGGCGCCAUAUGUACCCAAACUUUCCACUGGACAGGAUUGCUCUCAACCAUCUUCUGCCAUGGCCCAUGAUGAGGAAUUCCAUUCUCAGGAUGCAUUUUCUUUCUCUCCUUUAUGCGGUUCUAGCAGUCUACCAGAUAACAGCCAAUGGCCAUACCUGAGCUCAAAUUCCAGUACUACAAGCGAUGCUACAGAUGAAUCGUUUGAAACAGGCUCGAUGCCAGUAACGGAACCAGAUAUCACCAAUUCCCAGGAGUUUACAUUUACUUCUUAUUCUCAUCCAGUGAUAUCAGGGCAUAUCAGUUCUUUGGACCACCCUACGAGCUAUUCCUCAUUGUCUGAUGUCCAUGAUUUGUCUGAUGCGACAGAUUCAGGAAACAGUCCUCACCUGGCAUUCAGUAGUUCCCAAGGAUACCAGCCCAGCUUAUCUUCCGUCUUUUGUUUCACUUUUGAUAAUGCCAGCUCUCAGCCAAAUGACUCCCAUGGCUGCGACCUAGAGGACACAAAGCAAAUGCGACUUGAAUCCCAGGAUAUUGCAAGAUCUGAAAUGUUUGGUGAUGCUCACUCAUACGACCAUAUGUCAAUGGAUACCGAUGGAUUUUCCCUAGGUGGCGCGAACCAAGUGCCUGAUAUUUUCCACCAUGGUCCGAUCACCCCGCCCCUGACUGAGGGAAGCAGCGAUGCCUCUGUAUCCUCGUCAUGUUCACAAGACAGCUACGCUCCAUUUUCUGGGCACGAUGAUCCUAUGUUUACCGACAUCCCAACCUCCGUUUCCCCCCAACGUUUCAACGUCCGUGAUCCACUUUGUCGUUUUACUACACAAGAACAGGAUUUCAACAGGCCUUCGAAGCACACCCAACGACCACUGCUAUCGGCUGCUGAACCUCAGAAACGAAAAGAGGACCAAAAGAUAUAUUCCCAUUCUAUUGGACAAAAUCCGAGCUUUAAGGAUGCCCAGGAGACAAGGAACCCUAGAGACCAUGACUAUUAUUCCCUACCAACACAGGCCGAUGGGAAAUACCAUUGCCCCUUUGAGAACGACGAGAAGCCUUGUUCUCACCCACCAACCACACAAAAAUGCGGUUACCAUAAAUAUCUUGAUUCGCAUUUGAAGCCAUACCGCUGCAAGGUCAGCCAGUGCGUGGAUGCUCAUUUUUCUUCCAAUGCUUGCCUCUUCCGCCAUGAACGAGAAGCACAUGGAAUGCAUGGCCAUGGAGAGAAUCCCCAUCUCUGCCAUUUCUCCACCUGCGAACGGUCCGUCCCGGGAAAUGGAUUCCCCCGCCGGUGGAAUCUUCAUGACCAUAUGAAACGAGUCCAUGAUUACUCUUCGUCGGAGAGAGUUAGCUCUCCUGAACAGUCACCAGUUGACGGCCAGCAACCAAAGAAGAAGGAUUCUACAGUCCGUAGGAGAAAGGGAGCCAAAGCAACAACUAUGAAAAGAGUCCGAUCAUCUCCAACACAAUCAUCUAGUCUAACCAAGGCUGCCCAAACGCAGGCUCAGCAAGGACAACAACUCCAAAAUGCUGAGCGGAACUACUAUAACUGCCUUGCGCGUCUUCAAGAAGAUUUGAACAACAUCAACCCACAGGAUCCUGGUCUGCAUGACAAGGCCAAUGCUAGUUUGCAGGAACUCCAUACGCUUGCCCUGAAUUACCGUUGCAUUCGGGCUAGCCAGGCUGCAAAUGAGCGAUCCCCAGGGUAUUCUCGAUGA